AUGCGUUUCGCCGGAGCCGUUUUCUUCGCUGGUGCCGCCAUGGCCGGCAGCACCCUCUACGAGACUGACUUUGUCACCAUUACCUCUUGCGGUCCCACUGUCACCAACUGCCCGGCCCGGUCUACCGUCACCAGCAGCACCGUCUACCCGGUGUCUAGCUCCGCGACCGUCCCUGGAUACCCAGUCGAGACUCCUUCCGCGUCUAAGCCCGCUGAGGUCCCUUCUGCGUCCCAGCCUGGUUACCCCGUUGAGACUCCCUCCCAGUCUCAGCCCGCCUCCAGCCCUGUUCCCAGCAGCAGCAGCGCCGUCGAGAGCAGCACCAGCGUCGUUGUCCCUACCACUUCCAGCUUCAACAACGGCACUAUUCCCUCUUACCCUACUGCUACUCCUUCCUCGUCUGCUCCCGGUGUCCCCUCGGGCCCGGCCAGCAGCCCUUCUGAGACUGCUCCCGGCUACCCUACCGGCCCCGCUGGUUCUCCCUCUGGAUCCGCUCCCAGCGCUCCUUCGGAGACUGCUCCCUACCCUACCUCGGUGAUCCCUAUCACCUACACCACCUGUGUCCCUACCACCAGUGUCAGCUACUCUACCAUCACCGUCAGCCCCUCUGCUCCCGUCGGCACUGCCCCCGGCGCUCCUGGUGCUCCCGGUGCCCCUGGCAACUACCCCACUGGCUCGUACACUGCUUCCAACCCUCCUACUGGCUCUUACCCCACUGGCAGCCCCAUCCCUACUGCCGGUGCUUCCACCAUGGCCGGCUCUGGUCUCCUCGCCGCUGCUGCCGGUGUCGCCGCUCUUCUCUUCGCUUAA